AUGGCAAACCCAUUUGAAAGAGACAAGGACUUCUCCCACCAGCGAAGGCACUACAAGGAAUUUCGGUUUGACCUCACUCAAAUCCCACACGGAGAAGCAGUGACAGCAGCUGAAUUCCGGAUAUACAAAGAUCGAAGCAACAGCCGGUUUGAGAACGAAACAAUUCAGAUUAGCAUUUAUCAGAUCAUCAAGGAGUAUCCCAACAGGGAUGCAGACUUGUUUUUGUUAGACACAAGAAAGGCUCAAGCGUCUGAUGUGGGCUGGUUUGUGUUUGACAUUACUGUGACCAGCAAUCACUGGGUGAUUAAUCCACAGAACAAUCUGGGCUUGCAGCUCUGCGCGGAAACAGGAGACGGUCGAAGUAUCAAUGUUAAAUCUGCUGGCCUGGUUGGAAGGCAUGGGCCUCAGUCAAAACAGCCAUUCAUGGUUGCGUUCUUCAAGGCAAGCGAAGUGCUUUUCCGUUCUGUCCGAGCAGCCAACAAUAAAAGGAAAAACCAGAACCGCAACAAAUCCAGUAGUCAUCAGGAGUCUUCUAGGAUGCCAAGUGUUGGGGGUAAGACAAAGCUACUAGUCUCUGAUUUACUAGUCUCUUUACAGUAGUUAUGGCACUUGCUCAAAUGCGGUGGAGUCACAGCUGCUCAUUGGCUGAACUGCUGGAAACUGUUCCUGCUCUAUUUCUGUCUGUCUCCACAGCUUUGCUUAAACCUCUUUUGUUAUGACAGCCGUGAGCAUGAUCUAGCUUGUGUGAGUCAGUUCACCUGCAUGUAUCAUGGGCUCUUGACAAUGUAUUUUGGAAAAGUCUGUAUACGAGCUUGAAACUUGUCCUGUGUAGCAGGCAGCUGGAUGAGAUCCUUGCUGCACGUGAAAAUGAGGCAGAGAGCGGGCUGUCCCCCAACUACUUCGCCAGAACAGAAGUAGUAGUUCUUCAUUAGAGUCCAGAAUAAAUUAUGUUCCAAUUCUUUCCUGAAAUGCUCUUUUCAUCUAGAUAGUAAAGUCACUUUUUAAAUAUUCUAUCUUUUGACCAAAUAACUCCGCUUUUCAGGGACAGGAUGUGAAAAUGUGUCUUUGUAGAAGUGUGGCAGAUCUAGUACCAG